AUGGAGGAGAUCGCACAAAGGGUCCAAAUGUUGCCCGAAAAGACCUUGAAUGCAAUUGCCAAGGGCCCGUUGGUCAAAUUGACAUUGAACUGUACCGAUACCGAACAAAUCACACGGGUGUGGCAAUCCCUAAUUUUGACACUAUCCACCCCGUCUCUCUCCAGCGGCCAUACUAUGGCAGUUUGCAAUGCAACAUCUGCUUUCCUGGAUGCCGCCGCCAAUGCUAAGCAUCAAGGAACCAAGCAAUUGGCACUAAAUACUGACACCUGGAUGACGGUUUUCAAUAUAUUCCUGGGCCGAUACGAGGAUGCCAAACCAAAGGCGCUGAAGCUACUUCUCGGCUCGCUGGCUACCAUCUUAGCCAAGCACCUCAAAGGAGAGGCAAGAGCUCUUAUUCAACGCAACAUCGUCACAGCUACAUUUCCUAGUGUUGUACUUGGUGAGCCCCGAUCUCGCUUGAAAGGUUCCCUUGUAUGCCUAGAGUGGGUGAUUCGCAAGGGUGCUAUUCUCCCGUCCGAAUUGAUCCAUUUAAUCCAACAGUGGCUGCUCGAGAAUCGUGCCGAAUGGGUACCUGUCUUUGAGAAGGAUUUCAAUAUCCUCUUUUCGAAUGACCUACAGACCACCCCUAAUUUGAUGGUCACCGACCUACCAGAAGAAUUCGCCGCUAAUAUCUUCUUCCUCGGUCUUCUGACUCAGACCAAUAACCGUGAAUUUUCUGGUACAGGCGGUGGGCUAUUAUCAACCUUCUUGCAAAAGCUCAAAACAGAAUCUCCGACAAAGGAGCUUUCAAACAUCUGGGUGGCUCCUGUCAAGCACAUCAUGUUGCGCAGCAUGGACCACCUCGAGGCUCUCUCCAGCCAAGUCCUCGAGCCUCUAUUCGUAAUUGAUCCGGCUGGCUUCCGGUCAUUUGUGGAUUCCCUUCCUUUUAAGAAUUUCCUGGCCGGAGACAUGAGUAACGCUCGGGAAUCGGAGUUCAUUUUGCUUUUCUCAGCCCUUCAAAUGGGCAAGAAAUCCAAUCUUGUGCUCGACGACUUUGAUUCUACGAAGCCUGAUGAUAAAAAGGAUAACGCUCUUCCGAAAUUGGUGUUGAGGAGCCAGGUUGUCGGCCGGUUCCUAUUCCAUAAUGAACCCAAGAUCCGAGUUGCGGCGUUGUCCUUGUUGAUCACAGGACUGUCGACGGUCAAGCCAUUUACCGCAUCUGCUACAAAUGCGAUUCUGCGAGGGCUCCCGUCCAUGCAUGCGGACUCUGAUGCCUACAGCAGAGGAGAGAUCAUGAGUCUCACCCGCAAAUUUAUUCUGCGCCUGAAGGGCGGUGUCGUGAAGGAUGAGGAUGCAUCACAGAUUUCUGAUUCUGCUCCUGGAAAACAGUCUGUGGGUCUAAGCAGAAGUGAUGACGAGACCCAGAAAUGCCUCGCGACAUAUCUCGAUUUCCUACAAAAGGAUUUGUGUGUCACGGCAUCCUACGCGCGCCACAUCAGCGCCCUGAAAGCCCUCAAUCUGUUGCUAGUAUCUGGUUUGGAUCCAAGGGCAGGUAUUACACCGAUGAAGUCAGAAAUGCAAACUCAUUGGAAGUCGCAUAUGGAGGUGUUCAAUACCCGCUUGCUACGGUUGUUGGUUGACCUUUUACUUGACCCAUUCGAAGAAGUCCGACAUACAGCACUUUCCAUUAUAAACACCUUCCCACGAGAUAUUCUUUUCAGUGCAUCUUCGAAUACUGUUAAUCAGCAAUCUGCUGCUGGAAUGCGCCUGACCGAUGCUCUAUCCCGUGCUGAAAACAUGGCUAGCAGAACCAGCCGAGCUGAUCACGCUGACACUGUGGCUCGACUAUACCAUGUCCUCUUCUGUGCUGCUCUACCACCAACCUCCUCCGAAGAAGCCAGCGGUUGGUGGACAACUAAAUACUCGGUUGUUGACAAGAUUAUCACCAACCUGGAGCAACGCCUUUCCUCCCCAAAGGGAUUGUUCAAUUCCAGUUUGCGUGAAGUUCCGCUCCACGGUUACAUAUCUGGUCUGAGAUAUAUCAUCCUCAUGCCGGAAUUCCAUGCUCUAGUGUCAUCAGAGGAUAACUCUGUAGCCUGGAGAUCUAUUCACGGUCGAAUUGUCAAUAUUUGUGAUCGUGUCUGGCAAGAGGUCAAGCCUGUCUUGUGCAUUGACUCCCCCGAAGGCCAUACAGACGAACCUAUCGAGGACCUUUCAGUGGGCCCUAAGGACAUACUGUCGUACUCGUGGAGAGCGCUUCGAGAAACUAGCUUGCUUCUUCAUGCCACGAUGGUGAAUACUACCUAUGGCCCGGACAAUGCAGCUGGCCUCAACCGCGAAGACUUCGAGCAGGUUGGGCAAAGCAGUUUCACUCAGUUAGCCGAAUUACGCCACAGAGGCGCAUUUUCCACAGUCUCAAGUACCUUUGCAAUCUGCUGCCAACGUUGCAGUCACUCAAAAGACACCUCUAUCCAAGAACUUCCCCAAGCAUGGUAUCAGCGUGCGAAGAAGACGAUCUUUGAAUCGGCUUCUAAGCUUACUCGCCGAUCUGCUGGUAUUCCAGCACUGAUCACAGGCGUUCUGUGCGCGGUUCCUGGUACACCUUUCUUCAAGGAAGUAUUAAAUGAGUUGCAUGAAAUCUCCCGCUUGGAAGUGCAAUACAACAAGGAGAAGCAGUAUCUAGAACUUCCCCAAGUGCACGCCAUGAACUGUUUGAAGGAUAUAUUCGUUAACAACAAGCUCGGCCCACACACCGAGCCUUUUGUCAUGUCGGCUCUCACUCUUUCUGCCGAACGACUUGCAUCGCCUAUCUGGGCUCUCCGAAAUUCCGGACUGAUGCUCUUCCGAGCUCUUCUGACCCGAAUGUGUCGCGCAAUGCCUAAUACUGGCGGAGGUUUCGGCGGUGAUUCUGGGUCAGAGCCAGGGUCUCAAAUCUCCUUCCAAAAAUACCCCGGUCUCCUGGAAUUGCUAUCUAAUCUCCUGGUCACCUCCGAGGGAGCGACAGCUGAAGGAACUGAUAUUAUCACUGAGCGCAUCUUCCCUGCACUGGAGCUCAUCGGAGAGAAGAUCCCCACCCCAGAGGACAACAAUGAUGCGAUGCUUUGUGGCUUGGUUUCCGAACAUUUCAAGAGCCCUGUGUGGGGAAUCAGAGAGCAUGCAGCGCGUGUAUAUGCCUCUCUCCUUACACGGGCGAAUAUUCUCGAUGGCGUUCACAAUCUCACCAACAGCCUAAGUGGACAAGUCACGGAGAACUUCAUUCAUGGAACUAUUCUCUGUGUCAGAUUUUCUUUGCGCCGGUUUGCGGCCACCACCGAUAAUUUUUGGACCUCUCAUCUUGACCAAACUCUCUCAACCCUUCGUCACGUUUUGGCAACUGCAUUUCCCGUGGCCAAAUCUCCAUAUGUUGCGAGUGCGCUAGUCGAAAUCCUGAACGACAUACUAGAGCGGAGUUUCAAGGCCAAUGUCGAGGAUCGAGCUACACUUCUCAUCCAAGCUCUCUGUGAAGACCACGACCUGGGUGGCAUUAUGAAGCAUGUUUUCGACAACAAUGAAUUAAACUGGAAACUAACGAGCACCACUCGGUCGUGCUCUCUUCUCAGGAGGUCACUUGCUUGGUGCAAGGUUCUCACAUCUCUCGCGAGCAAGUCAUGGGAAGGCUUGCCUGUGUUCUUCAACGAAGUUAGCUCCUUCGACCCGGAUUCCGCGACAUGGAUCUGUGAGCAACUCGAUGAGACACCGGAACAGCAGUCGAAUAUACGAAGCCAGUUUCUGGUCUCGGUCAGGAUACUAGCCGCUUCAAAUCUGGCGUCGAUCCUCGAAGGAACGCUUUCGUCGCACACAGAGAAGAUAUCUGAACUUGAUUUGCCUUUUCGGGAUCUGGCACAAAGCUUCCAACCUCAGAAGGAGUUUGAGAAUUGGAACAGACAAGCUACAGAUGCAGGACUUCGUCUUCAAGGAUGUUUCCUCGCGGUUCACUCCUCUGGCGAGAAACUCGACUUUGCAUCGCUUCAUCGGGAUAUCCAUGAUUGGAUCAUCAAGCUGCGAUCCGCGCUAAGCGAAGAAACAGAAUUCACAACACGAUAUGCUGCAGUGUCAUCACUCCGAAGCUUUUCUCGGGGAUUCCGGCCCUCGGGUAAAGCACCUCGAGUCGACUCUACACUUCUAGACGUCUACCUCAUUCUUUAUGACCUCUUGAAUGAUGACGACGAGGAGAUCCGAGAAGUGGCUGCAUCGACAGCAUCCUGGGUUCUCUCAUACUCCUCUGUCUCCCCAGGAACUGCCGUUGUGCUGGGUCCCCUAAACGCGAGCUCACUGCUUGCCACCUUCAUCACAGAGCACUACUCAGACUCUGCACAAUUCGCUCGGCGAACGGUACGCUACCUGACCGGACAGGAACCUCGAAUCAGCGGUUCAGAUAACCAGACUCAUCUUGUCGCGGUGUCCGAUCUAAUCGCCGAGUCCCGCCAGGAGCACACUGUACUGUUUAUGGAGGAGAAGCAGAACCUGUUCAUUGAUUACGUACGAGAAGUCGACGUGUGGUCCCAAGCGCUUGUGAACUUGAAGAAAAACGCGUGUCCUGAGACGCUCAUGCGCCAGCUAUCGAGUUGGGUUUUCGAAGGACUGCAAUAUCUUUCAUCGCUUGUUUCUCAGGAUUCUGGACAGGAUGGACUUCUGGGGUGGCUUUCAAACCCUGAGUCUUUCGCGCUCGGGGUCCGGGUUAUCAGCAUCUCAGUUGCACUGGCAUCCAAGAAUUUUGCAGUGCCAGAGUAUCUUGAGGCUGAGCAACACGCCCUCCGCGGACAGUUGCAAUUGUUGCUAGAAUUUGGUCAAUUGGCCUCGGUCAAUGAGCAAUGGCUCCGGAGAAUCCAGAUUGGAUUGGAUACAGGGCUGUAA